AUGAUCCUGCUGCGGCCUUCCCUACUACGGAGGCCUCGAGAGGCGCUUGUAUGCUCAUGUCUCACCAAGGCUACCGCUUUACCCUCUGGGGCCAUCCGAGGGUUCUUGUCAUCCACGAAACGACAGACCGGCAUCGCGGAUGAGUCUCCUUCGGUCAAGGGCGAAAGGCAGCUUUGUUUCCUCGCUUGCCCCGGCAAACGCGAGCAAGAACUUCAAUUUCACAUCCCAAACUCCCCCGAUCCUUCUGCAGCUCAAGCGGACUCGCCCGCGUCAUCUCCUGCAACAACUGCCGCAGAAGCUAACGCCGACGAAUUACCGCAUCGGAGACGGAAACGCUUGAAGGAGGAAAGCAAUGCCACCGGGAAACCAGAACAGAACUUACCACUGGAUGCAUCUGCGCAAUUGUCGAACUUCUCUUCCGCCCUCCCCACCACCUCCCUCCGCCGCAAGCUGGCAGCAUACCUUGCUCUGACGAAACCUCGACUAUCCUUCCUGAUUCUCCUCACCACCACCUCCGCAUACGGCAUGUACCCGAUCUCGUCUUUGCUCACCCUCGACCCGGCCAUGACCCCACUCCCCACCCUUUCGACCUCGACAUUGACCUUCAUCUACCUGACCGCGGGCACAUUCCUAUCAUGCUGCAGCGCCAACACGCUGAACAUGAUGUUCGAACCGAAAUACGAUGCGCUGAUGUCCCGAACCCGUAACCGUCCACUGGUUCGCGGACUUGUUUCGCGCCGGGGAGCUCUGUUUUUCGCGAUUGGAACUGCAGUGACGGGUCUUUCGCUCCUCUACGUCGGCACAAACCCCACCACGACAGCCUUGUCCGCCGCGAACAUCUUCCUUUAUGCAUUCGUUUAUACGCCACUGAAGCGGAUCCACGUCGUCAACACCUGGGUCGGCGCGAUCGUGGGUGGUAUCCCGCCCCUGAUGGGAUGGAUCGCGGCAGCAGGUCAGACUGCCACCAUUGGACAUGACAAUUGGCGCGAUAUGCUUUUCAGCGAGGGUAGUAUUGGUGGAUGGCUGCUUGGUGGAAUUUUGUUCGCCUGGCAAUUCCCCCACUUCAACGCCCUCUCCCAUCUGAUUCGCGAUGAGUACAAAGCCGCUGGAUACCGGAUGAUGGCUUGGGUGAACCCUGCCCGCAACGCUCGCGUCUCCCUUCGUUAUUCUCUCCUGAUGUUCCCCAUCUCUAUUGGUCUCUGGUGGUACGAUGUCGUCGGAGCUGGUUUCCUGGUUCCUAGCACUUUCGCCAAUGGCUGGCUUGUCCGCGAAGCCUACCGCUUCUGGCAGCACCAAGGAGCGAAUGGAACCGCACGUGGUCUGUUCUGGGCAAGUAUUUGGCAGUUGCCCAUUCUUCUUGUUGGUGGCCUUGUCACCAAGAAGGGUCUGUGGGAUGGUGUCUGGAGGAGUAUCUUCGGACAUCCGGAUGAGGAUGAGGAGGAAUAUCUCUACUACGAUGACGAGGACGAACUUGAGGGUGAGAACUCUAAGCCCAAUGGCUCUUCGCCCUCUCGCACAUCCUCAUCUCGUUCAAGCACCUUGUCCACCGCAUGA